UUCAAGCAGGGUCUCCAGUUCAAGGAGGAGGUACGGCUGCCUCCUUACCCCCAAGCUCAGACCCACCAUGGGGAAGAACAACAGCAAGCUGGCCCCCGAGGUGCUGGAAGACCUGGUCCAGAACACGGAAUUCAGCGAGCAGGAGCUAAAGCAGUGGUAUAAGGGCUUCCUGAAGGACUGCCCUAGCGGCAUCCUCAACCUGGAGGAGUUCCAGCAACUAUACAUCAAGUUCUUCCCUUAUGGAGACGCCUCUAAGUUUGCACAGCACGCUUUCCGCACCUUUGACAAGAAUGGCGAUGGCACCAUCGACUUCCGGGAGUUCAUCUGCGCCCUUUCCGUCACUUCCCGUGGCAGCUUUGAGCAGAAGCUCAACUGGGCCUUUGAGAUGUACGACCUGGACGGCGACGGGCGCAUCACACGACUGGAGAUGCUGGAGAUCAUCGAGGCUAUCUAUAAGAUGGUGGGCACCGUGAUCAUGAUGCGUAUGAACCAGGAUGGGCUCACACCCCAGCAGCGUGUGGACAAGAUCUUCAAGAAGAUGGACCAGGAUAAGGAUGACCAGAUUACACUGGAGGAGUUCAAGGAGGCGGCCAAGAGUGACCCGUCCAUCGUGUUGCUGCUGCAGUGUGACAUGCAGAAGUAGAGGCUGGUGAGGGGCA